AUGGCUGAAUCCACCCACUUCAACACGGCGCUGGCGCGGGACGAGAUCCGGCUGCUGGUGCUGCAAGCCGCCGACCGAGAUGCGCCCGUGAUCGGCCACUUUGAGAUCGUCUCGCUCUCGUCAAACCCCGAUUUCGAAACCCUCACCCACGCAUGGAGCGACCACGAGUCCUUCAAAGAGAUCGUCGUCGACGACCGCCCGAUGCACGUCGAGGCCCCCGUCGCCGCGGCGCUGCAGCGGAUCCGGCCUACGCUCAGGACCGGCGGCGGCCAGGUCCGAGUAUGGACUGACGCCGUGUGUGUGCACCAGCGCAACUCACAAGAGCGCGCCCAUCAUAUGCGCCUGCUGUCGUGGAUCCACGCCGAGGCCCGGCACGCGUAUGUCUGGAUCGACGAGGCUGCUGCCCUGCAGCUGUCGCCCCCGAAACUCAGCGUUGACCACAAACACCCCCCCGCGCUGGCGUCGAAAAGGCCGGUCUUCCUCCACGGCGCGGGAUCCCACGACGAGUUGUCCUGGGAAGCCCUGCUGCGAAUCGCAAAGCCGAGUUCCAAGGAACGCGCAGCCGAAGCGAGGCUGUUCCUCGCGGCGUCCGAGUUUGAAGCGGCCCGCCAUCUCCGAGAAGCCAACAGCCACCUUCACCACCGUCACCACCACCGUCACAGCCAUCACCAGGAGCUCAACGUCUACGACCUGCUAUACACCUUCCGCGCGCUCUCCUGUGACGACCCGCGCGACCGCAUCUUUGGGCUUCUCAGUCUCCUCGGCCCGUCCUCGGCUGACGAUCACCACUUCCACCGACAAUACGAGCCCUCGCUGUCGUCGGCACACGUGUACGCCGAGUUCGCGCAGAAUCUCAUCCAACGCCGCGGCACGCUGGAUAUCCUCAACUGUGUGCGUGAGUGGCGCGAGGAAGCCGAUCUCGUGGACGCCAUGGCCGAUGGUCUUGACUACCUGCCGACAACGAGUCCCGGGAUGCUGGUGUUGGGUGGGAUCCGGUUCGAUGAGAUCGAGGAAGUCGGCAGGGCGUGGCAUCCAGAGCCGGACAGUCCACCGCCGUCAACACGCAAGGGGGUCGCGGCGUUGGAGCAAUGGGAGGAGAUUGCGCUGCGUGAACGCCUGGUGUGUCCCUAUGGCGGGGACAAGGGCCGACGAGACGCGCUCUGGCGGACAUAUAUCGCCGAUUACGCAGGCCACAACACCGACGACGCAGAAGACAACGAAACCACCCGCACCCGCGCUCCCGACGCCCACGCAGCCUACCUCGAACGCUGCACCUCCACCGGCGCCAGCACCUCCACCACAUCCUCCACCUCCCAACCACCCCCCGCACCCUCACCCACGUCAUCACACAACCCCCUCCUCCAAACCCUCCGCCUCCUUCGCACCUCCCUCCUCCUACACCACCCCCCAACCCGCUCUCUCAAACACACCCCCGCCUACCGCACCUACACCCACCGCAUCCUCACCGCAUGCGCCCACCGCCGCUUGCUGGUGACCAAGCGCGGGUAUAUCGGGCUGGCGCCGUGGAAUGCGCGCCAGGGGGAUGUGGUGGCGUUACUUUACGGAGGGCAGACGCCUUAUUUGUUGAGGCCUGUUUCGAUGGGUGGAAACGGAAAUGGGGGGACGAGGCCGGGGGAGUAUACGAUGGUUGGGGAGGUUUUUGUAUUUGGGGUUAUGGGCGGGGAGGGCAUGGGGUGGGAGGGAGCGGUGGGGGCUGCGAGGGAGUUUAGGAUUUUUUGA